AUGGCGGGGAGGUCGAGAUCAUCGAUGACGAUGACCGUCACAAACACGCCGGCCAAAGAUCUCGCGUAUACGAAUUGCGCAUAUGUUUCCCCUUCCGAUCUUCGUCAAUUUGCUGUUCCUGGAUCCAAUCUCGCUCUCGCACUUGUUGGUGACGUUGGGCAAAUUGGUCUUAAUGCCAUCCAACGACGCCAUGCAAGAGUUUCUACUGGAGAUUCAGUAUCUGUUAGCAGGUUUGUCCCACCUGAAGAUUUCAACAUUGCCUUACUUACCCUCGAGUUGGAAUUUGUUAAGAAAGGGAACAAAGAAGAACAGGUUGAUGCUAUUGUUUUAGCUCAAAAGAUACGUGAAAGAUUUAUAAACCAGGUUAUGACAGCUGGACAAAGGGUAACUUUUGAGUUUAUUGGCAAUGGUUAUAUCUUCACAGUCACCCAAGUUGCUGUGGAAGGCCAGGACAAAACAGACAUUGAAAGAGGCAUGCUUUCAUCUGAUUCAUACAUUGUCUUUGAAGCCUCAAACUCUAGUGGAAUAAAGAUUGUGAAUCAACGUGAGGCUGCUAGCAGCAAUAUCUUCAGACACAAGGAGUUUAACCUUCAAUCAUUGGGCAUAGGUGGUUUGAGCAAUGAAUUUGCAGAUAUCUUUAGAAGAGCUUUUGCCUCUAGGGUUUUCCCUCCACAUGUGGCAAGCAAAUUGGGUGUAAAGCAUGUUAAGGGAAUGCUGUUAUAUGGUCCACCUGGCACUGGGAAGACUCUAAUGGCUCGUCAAAUUGGAAAGAUGUUAAAUGGAAGAGACCCAAAGAUUGUAAAUGGGCCUGAAGUGUUGAGUAAAUUUGUUGGUGAAACUGAGAAAAAUGUAAGAGACUUAUUUGCUGAUGCUGAACAAGAUCAAAGAUCACGAGGAGAUCAAAGCGACUUACAUGUGAUCAUUUUCGAUGAAAUUGAUGCAAUCUGCAAGUCUAGAGGUUCUACUAGGGAUGGCACAGGGGUGCACGAUAGCAUUGUGAAUCAGCUCCUUACAAAGAUAGAUGGUGUGGAAGCACUAAACAACGUGUUGCUCAUUGGUAUGACAAACAGAAAGGAUCUUCUUGAUGAAGCUCUUUUGAGGCCUGGUCGUUUAGAAGUCCAAGUGGAAAUCAGCCUUCCAGAUGAAAAUGGUCGUCUCCAAAUUCUUCAAAUCCACACAAACAAAAUGAAAGAGAAUUCUUUCCUUGCUCCAGAUGUCAACUUACAAGAACUUGCUGCAAGAACAAAGAACUACAGUGGAGCAGAACUUGAAGGUGUGGUGAAAAGUGCGGUUUCUUAUGCUCUGAAUCGCCAGCUCAGCCUUGAUGAUCUUACCAAAAAAGUAGAUGAGGAAAGCAUAAAAGUCACCAUGGAUGAUUUCUUGAAUGCUCUUCAUGAAGUUAUUCCUGCAUUUGGUGCUUCCAUGGAUGGCCUUGAACGUUGCAGACUGAAUGGAAUAGUUGACUGUGGUCAGAAACAUGAUCACAUCUUCAAAAGAACAAUGCUAUUAGCAGAACAAGUUAAAGUUAGCAGAGGUAGUCCACUUGUCACAGUUCUUCUAGAAGGUCCUAGUGGCAGUGGUAAGACUGCAAUGGCAGCUACUGUUGGUAUUGGUAGUGAUUUCCCCUAUGUGAAAAUCAUUUCGGCCGAAUCAAUGAUUGGCAUCAGUGAAGCCAGUAAAUGUGCACAGAUUGUCAAGGUAUUUGAAGAUGCUUACAAGUCAACACUGAGCAUUAUAAUCCUUGAUGAUAUCGAAAGACUACUGGAAUACGUUGCUAUUGGACCUCGUUUUUCAAACUUAAUUUCUCAGACAUUGAUGGUCCUCCUCAAACGCCUUCCUCCCAAGGGUAAAAAUAUGCUGGUGAUUGGAACAACAAGCGAGGUGACCUUCCUGGAGUCGGUUGGCCUUUGUGAUGCUUUCUCAGUCACCUACCAUGUUCCUACAUUGAAAACCGAAGAUGCUAAGAAGGUAUUGCAACAACUUAAGGUGUUCUCGGAGGAUGACGUGGAUUCUGCAGCUGAGGCUCUUAAUGAUAUGCCGAUCAAGAGGCUGUAUAUGGUGGUGGAGAUGGCGGCACAAGGAGAAUCCGGUGGAAGUGCAGAAGCUAUUUAUGCCGGAAAGGAAACAAUUAAAAUCUCACAUUUCUAUGAGUGCCUACAAGAUAUUUUGAACACAUACCAGUUGACCACAUUUGACACCUUGGAAAAUAUCCCAUAUUUUGCUACCCAAAUGAAGACGACACCAUAUGCGAAUAUGCACUGUUUUUAUGGAGAAGCGUAAGCUACAUUGUUAUGCUGCCGGCAAACUUGAUGUUUGUCUGCAUGGGCGGAAGGCUAUAAGGGACUUGGGGGGCCAUGGCUUCCAUACGCUUUCGGCUUAUAAGCAUUAUAUUAAAUAUGAAAUAUGGUUUCUAAUAAUUAUUAGUGUAAUAUCAAUUUAUUACAACAUUCAUUUCUUUAACACCGA